AUGAGCUCUGCUCGGGUCGAACUCUCGUCUACAAGUGUUGCAGUUGGAGCGAUCAUCAUCAAGAAGGAAGAAUGUCCAUCUCCAACGACAAUUCGAACUGCAGAUGGCGAAGAAAAUCAGCGUAUUUCCUACGUGGAACUCAUAAUCGUAGUGUUUUCAGCUCAAAUAGAAGUUAUACCAUGUAAAGUAUGCGGCGAUAAGUCAUCAGGUGUUCAUUAUGGAGUGAUCACAUGUGAAGGAUGUAAAGGAUUCUUCCGGAGGAGUCAAUCAUCUGUUACGAAUUACCAAUGUCCGAGGCAGAAAAACUGUACAGUGGAUAGGUGGUUAUUACUUAAACUGCUUUUCGCAAGUCUCGUAGCUUGUCUGGAACAAAGACUUUCUUCAAGGGUUAAUCGUAAUCGCUGUCAAUACUGUCGGUUGAAGAAGUGUAUGGAACUUGGCAUGAGUCGUGACGCUGUGAAAUUCGGUCGGAUGAGCAAAAAACAGCGAGAGAAGGUGGAGGAUGAGGUCCGAUUACAUAAACAAAUGCAAGAAGCUACAGGUGUACCGUAUAUGUAUAGCGAAUAUUCACCACCAUCACAGCAGUCCAGCUAUGUGGCUCCCGGUUACGAAACUGGCCUCUACCCUCAUUACGCUCAAGGUGCGUAUGCUCAUGCUGUGGCCGCCGCUCCCAUCAGUUAUCCGUCGCAUUCCUAUGGCGUCGCACAACAAGGAACGGUUCCCGCUAGCAAUGGCGGCUUUCCAUCACCGCAACUCUCAUCUGCAGCAGAAGAGGAUACAGCGGCGAAAAUUGUGGCAGCAUUUGAGACCACUCAUACUCAAAUGCGAAACAUGAAUCCAAAUCCGACGAUUGUUGACGUGAACAGAUUCGCUUCAUUAGAUUUCCCGAAUCGGAUCGGAAUUUGGCGGCAGUUUGCCGCUGACCUGACUACCGUUAUACAAGCCAUCAUAGAGUUUGCAAAAAUGAUCGAUGGCUUCAUGCGACUCGGACAGGAAGAACAGAUCCACCUUUUGAAAGAAUUCAAAUACCUUUACUCAGGAGGUGUCUUUGAACUGGCAAUUGUCGAAUUGUCCUCUCGCUACUCACCUGAAACUCAGACGCUGUCUAUGGACAACAUAGUUCUUCCGCUACAUAAUCUCAAUAUCACAGAUCAAAUAGAGGUUCGUUUCGUGCAAGAAUUCCAUCAAUGCUUGCAUGAUCUGGCUGUCUGCCAAAUGACAUCCUCGGAAGUGGCUCUACUUUGUGCAGUGCUAUUGCUUGAACCAGCGUCUACAGAACAGGCUACAUGUGAACGUCUCCGAAGCGUUCUCGCUCAGUCAUUAGCCGCUCGUGUCGGUAGUGACGCCCAAAGAGUUUGGGAUACUCUGCCAAGGCUGAAGCAGACCGCUCAUCUUCACUUGAUUCUGCUUGGACAGUUACGAGCACAAUUCCCGGCGGAAACCGAAGCCGGUUUGCCAGCACUAUACAAAGAGUUAUUCUCAAUUGAUCCUUAA